AGUGCGCCCCCCUCUUUGCCCUCUGGCCUCCACUGCGCACCACCGUGCAGCCCGCUAUUUCCUUCUGAGGAGGUGCAACGGUUUUAUGACGUUUUUAUGAGCCGAGAGAGAGAGAGAGAGGAAGGAGUGGGAGAGCGAGAUAAUAUGUGAAUGGGGGAUUGUGUCUCAAAUGUGGCAUUAAAAAACGCCAUGUAUAUGGUGUGUCUGAGAGCAAGGGGUCGUACUUGUGCCAAAAAUACUGAGGCCAAAGGUCAAGUCUGCCAGCCAGAGGUUCGGAAAAAUCGACAAAUUGUGUUAAGGUAACGAUAAAUCCGGUCAAAUAGGAGUGACAAUCCUCUUGGAGUCAGGUAGUAGGUCAGGUGUCGAUCACUGCUGUCAACAGAAGGGAUGAUCGAGUGGUGGAAAUUAGCCCUUGGUAACGUGGCAAGUGGAAUUUCUCAAAAAAGCAAAAACGGGAAACUUUCUUUUUUCUCGAGAAGUAAACUGAUUCAAUGCGGCAAAGGUCUCUUUAGAGGAACAUGGAAUUUUUCAGCAGAACUAGUUUUUUCUCUGUGUAGAAAUCUCCGAAUUUAUCGUGUGAUCGGUACGAAGCUCGUAAAGCCAUCACAAUAAAUCAUCAGGUAACUGAAAAUCAAAAUGCGCACCUUCACUGCCACAGAUGCGGACGUGAAAAAAAAAUCUACAAAAAAUUUUGUAACAGGUGAAAGGCGAGAAAAAUUAAGCACGGAUGGCAGGUUACGUACUGCAAUGAGGAUCACUGAUAACCACCGUAAUGCUUUUUGGCCCUGGGAGAAGACGCGCAUGCUCUCCGGGGCAGCACUGGUCACGUGACCUGUAGGCGCAUGCGCCAUUGAUCGGCGCGGUGAAAACUUUGACGGGGGCUCUGGUAAAUUCACCGGAGGAGCUAUUUUAUUUUCUGUUUUUGGGGCUGGAACGGGGAGCUUUCUUCCGGAAAAUGAGGUGAGAUGGAAUUAAUUGGACGAGUGCUGAGGUAAUUAGGGAGGCGCUGUAUUUUUUAAGCUGGAACAGGGGAGGGGUUGAUUCUCAUUGAGAACAUAAAAUAUUUUGAGAAAGUUUAUGAUUUUUUUUUACGAAUUUGAGGCCAACGGAAAUACUGAUUUUUUCUUUUGAAAGGAUUUUUAUUAUGUGAGAAAUUGGGUCUUUUGGGAAAUUGAUUUAUUUUCAUUUGAUUCUAGGAUUCGUUAAUUACGUAGAAUUGUUUGUGGAACUUAGAUUGUAUAUUGAUUGAUUAAUGGGUUAGGUCGAUUUGUUUCCGGUUGAGAAUAUUGCAGAAUGGAAACUGGAGAAUAGCUCUGUUUUGGUGAUUGGACAGGAAGAAAAUGAGAAGGUGGAGGAUUCAGGAUUUUGGUAAUGAAUAAAAAUUUAUGAUUAUAAUUUUUUGUUAAUUUUUGCUAACACUGGAGGAGGCGAAUGCUCAGGACUUCAGUUUUGGCGAUAUAGGAGGGACUUUUAUGGAAGAGAAAAUGAUUUUGAGAAGCAAAGCAAUUAAUCAUUUUUUAUUCUAGAUAAUUUUCAUCACAAGAAAAUCUUUGUUUGGUGAAUUAAAAAUUCAUUCGGGAAAAUCCAGGAAUUCUGAAAUAAAGCAAAAAUGCAAUGAUUAUUAGCGACGCAUGAGGCAUAGAUCUAUGACAUAGAUUAUGAAUAUUUGACGAGACCACAGUAUGUCCCACCCACAUCACGGAAACUACACUUAUGUCCGACAAACCAGGCAUGGCCACUUGUUUGAUCGUUAAUGCUACUACUGAAGGCAGUAACUGUACGUCCCAAUGUAAUCACCUCCAGUAUUGAAUAUGCACCGGUCACAUCAAUAUCAAGUUCAUAUCCCUGGUGCUAGGUAAAGGAUCUAGGAAAAGGACAGGAAACGCAGUUGGUAAGUUUGAAAUGUAAACUCCAAUACUAAUGAUCUCGGGUGGGAAUACAAUAUGGACCGUGACGUAUCAAUAUGCAGAAUGCGAACAAUUAUCACAAAUUUGACAUCCCGAGUCCUCGAAUCAGUCAAUACAUGCGGUCAUGAAUAUACCAAAGAGGAUACGACAGAUUUAGCGAAUUUGAUCCAGAGUUUGAGACAGUUGAGUCGUAUCAUUGAGACCCGAAUGAGAACAUCACCCCGAGAGGAACGUGAGCGAGCAACUAAUUUGGCAGCUGCCCUCGUGAAUGAGAGGAAAGCUCUCCAGGAAGCUGAGGUUUUGAGAGGAACUCUAGAAGACACGCGGCGAGAACACCGAACCUCGGUAGACCGAGUUAAGGAAGAAAUUAACAGAGAGAGGGAGUUGUUAGAGAGAAUUGAGUUGCAGCAGAAAGUGAAAAUGACAAAGAGAAGAGAAGCAUUGGAGGUACAGAUGAGGGCGAUAAUGGAUGAGACACUAAUUGAGAAGCAACAGAUAGCGGCUGAGAUUGAAUUCAGAGAGAUUGAAUACCGUAGAACUUGUGCAGAAAAUUUGAAACGGGAGAAGGAUGUCUACGUUACGAGAAAAGAAGCGGAGCGAUGUUACCUCAGUAUAUUAUCUAAAUACGACAGCGAAGUAGGUGGAUUGCAUCGAACAAUGGAGUCUCUGAUAACGGAAUCGGAUUUGUUGGCAAAUAAACUGAAGAAUCUCCAGGAAACCCUCAGAAUUCAAGAGAUAGAGUACGUAGAAAUGAAGAAUGAACGAGAGACAACAUUGCGCAAAGCUUUCAUGGAGAGUCUCAACGGUUUUAUGAGACAACGUGCGGCAAAGCGGAUUCAGAGGACGUGGAGAGCUUAUUGGGAGCGUCAGCAAUUGCGAAAGAAGAAAAAAUCGAAAAAGAAGAAGCAAUAGAUUGUCAUAAAUUUUGUCAACAAUUUUUAAUAUUGCUCAGAAACACAACCAGUCUAGUCGAGAUAUAAAAACAGAAAAAGCUCUUCACCAAAUCUAAAUUGUUUUCUUUUAAUAAGUAAUAUAUUCCAAAAUACAAUCGUAAAGAUAAGUAUUUUAAUUGCACAAUUCAACAAACACAUGUCAAUUUAACAGUAACAUCUAUAUACACAAAUUUUCAUUGGCAAG